AUGGAUUAUGCAAAGAAAUGUGAAGCCUGUCAAUAUCACGCGAAUUUCAUUCAUCAGCCGCCCAAGCCUCUACAUCCGACCAUAGCCUCGUGGCCUUUCAAAGUAUGGGGGCUUGAUCUGGUCGACCCUAUAACACCUAAGUCAUCAAUAGGGCACUCCUACAUCCUUGCAGUCACUGUCUACUUCUCAAGAUGGGCUGAGGUUGUCACACUAAGGGAAGCUAAGAAAGAAAAUGUGGUGGAUUUUAUCUGCACUCAUAUAAUUCAUCGGUACAGUAUUCCCCAUCGGAUUGUGACAGAUAACGGAAGAUAA